AUGGAUUCUGAUUUGCAGCAGACGCCCUCGUCUCGGGCCUUAGAGUCGAUCGAAAUUAUCGAUGAGACACCAAAUUUAGCUGGACAGCUAGGCUCUUUCCCUCAAAACGCGCAACCCUUUGCCUCAUUCCGCAACAUCGAUAAUGUCGCGGCGCGGUCUCAUCUGCACAACUCCACUCGACCGCAAGAAACGAUAACCUUAGAGAACAAUGUACACGGUAGCUCGAGCGAUGAAAUUUCACUCCUGCCAUCGGCGAACCCGUCCUUUCCGCAAUCCGGCCAUGAAGGACUGGUACAAGACCCAAUGGCCGCAGGCUUCGCAGGACAAUUGCAGGGCAUGAGACUGGUACCGAAUCCACCUAACUUGGAAUAUUGGAGACAGCGAUUAUUUCAUGUGGAUGAAAUGAUCACGCUGAGCGAGGAUGAGUAUGUUGGCCAUUCCUAA